AUGGCUGUGGAUUAUUCGGACGAUGGGGUUUGCGGUGAGAAUUACGACACCUAUUUCCAUCGACAAUACAUUGACCUGUUCUUGUCAUGCCUGGGGCUAUUUUUGAGCACCGUUCAUUUGACGCUUCUUAUUUAUAUUCGAUAUGCUCAAAAGCAUAAGGGAUUCUUCUUGAUGCUAAUCCAGGCCUUCAUCAGUGUCCUCACGAUGGCUUUUCUUAUAUUCGGAUGUAUUAUUGACCUGUGUGCUGUGAGAUUGAACAGUAUUUUGGCGUUCUUUCGCGCCUACAUUUGGCUGUUCUUGGUGAAUGCCUUAAUUGCAACAUAUGGAUUUAUCGUUGUGGCCUUGUGUUUGGAUCGAUAUGUCGCCUUGAAUAAUCCGUUGUAUUACAAAUUGUGCUUCUCAAAGCUGCGGGCGAGAAUCUUGAUUACUUCUGUUUGUUGUGUUGUCGCCGCGAUUGUUUGCUUUAAAUGGCUGAUAUACAACAAGGUGGAAGGAGGUGAUGGGUUCGUCGAAAAUGAGGUUGUAAGUCAAAGAGAUUAUUUUGAAAUUCAAAGACCUCGGUUUCGAAAAAAUGCAAUUUAAAUGUAUAAUUUCGAAACACAAAAUCGGACUUAAAUUUCGUUUUACUUUUUAGGUGACUUCGACUUUAUGGUACAACGUAAUCAAGACAAUUUCGGCCUUGAUUCAGUACUUUGUCUCUGGAGUUGUAAUGAUUUUACUCAGCGUCAGUAUCAUCACCAAGCUAAAAGAGCUUGAUUAUCAACAUUCAAUGGAGCUUCGACUGGCUGAAGGCUCGAUGAAUGAAUGGACCAAGCACCAUAGGGUAAAAAACUCAAAUUUUCUCACCAUUAGAACUGUUAAAUUUUCGUUUUCAGACAACCGCCAAUAUCUGUAUAUUUCUCACAUUUUCCUACAUAGCCUGCAAUUGGCCCUACGCUUUGGCCGAUUACUUUUACACCCCGGAAGUAAGUCUCCAAUCAAUCUCCAGACAUGACUUUUUUCAGCUCUCGGAGACCAUUUGGUAUGGUAGUAUUGAGGUGAUCAUCAACAUCUUCCAACUGCUCUACCUCCAACUGAAUAUCUUCUUCUUCGCCUAUUGUAGUCACAUUUAUCGGCAGAAUCUCUGUUUCCUGACCGCCUGCACCACAAAAGAGUUGAAAAAACUGAUUUCGUGGCAGCGAAAGAUUCAGAUCACAGAAAAUAAAAGCCAAAACAACUGUUAA